AUGGCGCCGAUGCCGCCGAUGCCAAUGCCGCCACCGACGCCCUCCGGCGACACGCCGCCGAUGCCGAUGCCGCCUAUGGACAAUAACAUGCCGACGAUGCACGCGGCCUUCUUCUGGGGCCACCGCGCGCAGGUGCUCUUCUCCAACUGGCCGGGCAGCGACCGCGACGACGCCGGCAUGUACGUGCUCUGCCUCCUUGCCGUGGCCGCGUUGGCCGCGCUCGCCGAGGUGCUCGCGGCGUGGUCCCGCGCCCUCGCCGGCCGUGGCUCCAACUCCCUGGGCUGGACGCUGCAGGUGACGUGGAUCCACGUGCUGAAGGUGGGCCUGUCGUACCUGGUGAUGCUGGCCAUCAUGUCCUUCAACGGCGGAGUGUUCUUGGCCGUCGUCGCUGGCCACGCCGCCGGGUUCCUGAUCGCGCGGAGGUGGAGGCCGCUACUCCCUGCAGUCCGUGACGACGACGGCGCGCAUACCAACGGUGAUCUCUGUGUUAGUUAA